GCCCGUAGCGUAUCCACAUUUUUUGUUGUUUGUUUUAUUAAUUAUUAUAUAAUAUAACUGAAAAUUUUAAUAAUGUUGGCCAACGACGAAAGCUAUAAUAUGCUUUUAGGUGAUGGACAAUCAAAUGCUUCGCAUCCACUUACAUCAUAUCUACCACCAAAGGAAAAAGAUUCUCAUAUAUCUAUUGAUGAUUUAUCGGAUAUAGAUAUCACGUUGAUGACCUUGAGAAAACCAACAGAGCUCAAAAAAGUUAUAGAUUCCGUUCCAAAGCCUUCAAGAGCUGUACCCAAAAAUGGUCUACCAUAUUGGUUCCGGAUGGGACUGGAGAGCAAGCUACCUGUGCCUAAAAUGCCUGUUGGCAAGAUUAUUUUUUCACGAGGCAAAAUUGGAGAGGAUGUCCGCCGAGUUGGCCUCGGCUUCGACGGUCCACGGCCACAAUUUGAUCUCUCAGACCCUUACUGCUAUAACGUCUCCUACGACUACGUUCCAUUGCAUGACCCCCAUUUGGCACCCCAUUUCAGACAAGCACCGGCGAAGAACCGAAUGACUAUGCUCGGUUUUUGCACCAAAGAUGGAAGAGCCGUUUGUUCUCUUAAAGAGUUCAACCAGUACAGAAAGUACUUGUACAAUCGUUUCAUGGAUCGCAUUCAUGUUGAGAUGGCGAAACUGGAUGAACGCGCUCGUGACGAUUUGACCUUGAAGAAAGUAGACCAAGAUGUCGCUCGUAGACAGUUACAUUUCGCCAGAGCUGAGAAGGCGAGAGAGCAGAUGGAAAAAUACCAGAAAAUGUUUGCCGAUGAAAUAGCUGAGAAAAAAAGACAAGCAAAAGAGCAAGAAAAUAAAAUUAAAGCUAGGAUGAAAUAUUUGGCACAGUUCAAUGAAAAACGGCGCCAAGAAAGGGCUGCUAAGGCUCAGGAAGCAGAAGAAAGAAUAAAGCAAAGAGUACAAGCUGCGGCAGAAAUGGAACUGCGACGCAAAAUCACCAUGGUGCGACAGUGGAGGCAGAACGAGAAAAGGCGAAUAAACCGGGUAAAUGCAGAGAAGGAGGCAAAAACUAAACGCUUGCAAGACGAGGCGAAUAGGAAGUGGGAGCAGAGAGUCUCAGGGCAGAAUCAGAAGAUUCAAGAAGAACGCAUCCUUCUAAAACUGUACACUGAGGACCUUGCUGCCGGAGCUACGAGAAGACGAAAGAGAGCAGAAAUCUACGCAUACAACACUGAUCUAGCACUGCAGCGAAUCAGACUGGCUAACUGGAAAGAACUACACGGCGGCUCGAAGAAGAAACAACAACUCAUUAAGAAAAUGGGCAUCGAAUUCGAAAAGUCCAAACGUGGCGCCAAGGGCAUGUGUCCAGAAUUUGCUCAAAAGAUAGCUGCAGAGGCGAUGUCCAACGCCAUGUCCACUGCGGGAGAUGCCCUAACGACGUUGGGACAGGCCCGUGCCAGGAUGGACAUAGAAACCAUAUUGCCAUCGCCGCCUGUGCGGCUGCUUGAACAGCUUCUGGAAACUGCUGUGCUGGAAUUCGCUCGGCGCCGUGUGCAUCUCCUGUUGAGAGAUGUGGAGCGAGCUGUUCGACAUAAGGCCGAGGAAGUCUUCUUUAAGACCAUUCGGCAGUCAGAUGCAGGCCGCCGACGUUCAAAACAACCACGAUGGUCGGUGCAACUGACAACCGCGCUUGCGCAACAGUAUGCCACUGUACGAGGCCAGUCGAUCGCAUUUGGUAAUAUCGCCCACAUCGCUCCAGAAGAGUCUGUCGAUCAUGAUCUGAAAAGUACAAAAGACAGGCCUCCUACGCCCGUGCCCUCCUUGACAAAAUUGGCGGAAGUCACUUUCACGGAUCGGGUUGAAGACUUGCCAGAUCCCGUCACUGUGGCUUCAGCUUUGCCGGAACGCAAAAAACUUUUAGAGAUGGUGAACACAGCGGCAAAGAUUCUCUCUAGAAAUGUGAGUCAACGCGUCCAAAAGGGAAUGGAUCUAACCAUUGGAAAAGUGACACUACCACAUCAGAGACAUCCGAUGGAGUGGGGUGAAGCUGUUGAGGCAUUAUCUGAAGCAGUUGUAAACAGUACAGUGAACAUUGAAUGCCCGGAUAUCCGUCGUUGCACUAUCUUUCUGACGCACCGCAUUCUUCGCCGUUUGCAGAUUGAUAUGAGAGAAGAAAAAAUACGAAGAAUUACUAAACCGGACAAUAACUGUGGUUCUAUUGCGAGGAAUAUCUUCGUAAACCAAUCAGGGUGGUGCGAUAAUGCUUGUUGUCUGUUUCUAGGCAAUGGAGUAUCUUUGCAUCCCAUUUCCGAGACGCAAUCUGGCGUGGAGGACGUACCAGCCGGCAUGCGGCUCCAUGGCGCUCGAGCCCGGUUGUAUACUUCCGUAUUAGCCGGCGCCCGCGCUGGAGACCAACUGGAUGCUGGGCAAACCAAUGAAGAGUUCGACACUCACGUGCCGGAUGACAUCGUUCUCGAAGACGAAGUGAUACUCCACGAAGAGCUGCAGAUCAUCCUGCCUCCCCGUUGUGAUGACGUUACCGCUGAAUCUUCUUCUACCACUACCACCACCACCACAGACAAUAGCAGCACCAGUUGAUAUAUGAUAACAAAAACACAUUCCC